CAGCCAGCUAAAUGGAGGCCACGGUGCUAAGUCUGGGCAAGUGUGUGGUGAACGGAGCGCUCAGCUACGCCAAGUCCGCGGCUGCCGGGGAGGUGGCCUCGCGACUCGGAGUCCGGCGCGACCAGGCCUUUAUCGCCGACGAGCUGGAGAUGAUGCAGGCCUUCCUGCUGGCCGCGCACGACGACCGGCAGCCGGGUGACGGCAGGGUGGUCAGGGUCUGGGUGAAGCAGGUCCGUGACGUGGCCUACGACGUCGAGGACUCUCUCCAGGACUUCGCCGUCCGGCUGCAGACGCAGCCCUGGUGGCGCACGCUUCUGGACCGCCGCCUCGUCGCCGGGCAGAUGCGGGAGCUUAGAGCCAAGGUCGAGGAUGUCAGCCGGAGGAACAAGCGCUACCGCCUUAUAAACGGUGACGCCUCUGUCUCCAACUCCAAGCCUGGCACUACCUCCACAGGCGAGUUCCCCAUUGCUGGUGUAACCAUGUCCUGCACCGAUGAAGCGAGGGGGAAGUGGGACACAGCAAAAUUGGAUCUUCUUCGCCUGGUCAACUCCAACAAGGACGACGGCCUUAGAGUGAUCGCGCUGUGGGGAGAAAAUGGCGAAACCUCCAUUGUCAGAAAGGCGUACGAGGAACUGAAGAUGCACAACAAGUUCCAAUGCUUUGCCUGGGUCAAGCUGGCGCAUCCUGUCAAUCCAACCGAGUGCUUGCGGAGUGUUUUGAGGCAAUUUUAUGUAAAUUCACUGCAGCAGACAACUAUGGAGGCCCAAGAUCUGAGGUGGAUGGAGAUGACAGACGAAAAUGAUUUGGCUGACGAGUUCAAGCGGUUUGUGGAUUCAAAGCGUUACCUGAUUGUGCUUAUGGGCGUACAUACUAUCGAAGAGUGGGACAGCGUUAAAGUUUUCUUCUCGAACAGCAAGAAAGGAAGCCGGAUCAUAGUAUCCACGGAGCAGGUUGAAGUUGCUAGCUUAUGCGUCAGACAACGGAGUGCAGCGGCAGAGCACAAGCAGUUACAUAUGGACCAUGCUCUCUAUGCUUUCUACGAGAAGGGCUCUGAGGAUCGAGCUGAUGCAACUGAUGCAGGUUCUAGCUUUAACGCAACCACUACCAGCAUUAACAGCUCUGCGGAGAGCAAGAGCCUCACUCACACGGAGACAUCAGUAGCUUCCUUCAAGGAAUAUGAGCUUAUUGGCCGAGAUAAAGAAAAAUGUGACAUUAUCAAACUAAUUUCAAAUGAUAGCCAACAGCUUGAGGUGAUCUCUGUGUGGGGAAUGGGCGGUCUUGGGAAAACAACACUUGUUAGAGAUGUGUAUCAAAGCGAACAACUCAAUGUCAAAUUCAGGUGUCGUGCUUGUGUAACAAUUAGGCAUCCUUUUGAUUGCGGCGAGCUUAUCAAGAGCUUAGCUCGACAACUAGAUGCAGAGGAUUAUGAAAAUAAGGAAGAAACCGGCUUGACGGGUGGCAGAACAAAACCUAGAGUCCAACGGUCACUGGCAGAUAUUUUAGAAGGAAAGAAGUACUUGAUUGUUCUUGAUGAUCUAUCAUCUGCCACAGAAUGGGACUCUAUAAUACAACAUUUACCUGCAAGGGAAACAGCAAGCCGUAUCAUAGUCACCACAAGGUCAGAAAAUAUUGCUAGGCACUGUUCAAAGAAACAUGAAAACAUAUACAAGCUUCAAAUUCUGGGAUAUGAGGACGGACUUAACCUCUUCACGGAAAAGGUAUUUCAAAAGAUCACAUAUCUGAAUGAUGAACAUCCUGAGUUGGUUGAACAAGCAAAUCUGAUCCUGAAGAAGUGUGAUGGACUUCCCCUUGCAAUUGUUACCAUUGGUGGUUUCUUGGCAAACCAACCUAAAACCGCCUUGGAGUGGACAAAACUGAAUGACCAUAUUAGUGCUGAGUUGGAGAUGAAUCCAGAGCUUGGCAGGAUAGCAGCAGUCCUUAACAAAAGCUAUGAUGGUUUACCCUAUCGUCUCAAGUCAUGUAUGCUCUAUUUCUCCAUCUUUCCUAAAGAUAGCAAGGUUAGCCGGAGACGUCUGGUGUGUCGGUGGACGGCAGAGGGCUACUCAAGGGAGGUGCGUGGCAAGUCCGCGGAGGAAAUAGCAGAGAGCUACUUCAUGGAACUGAUAAGUAGGAGCAUGAUCCUGCCAUCUCAAGAAUCCAUUCAUAGUAGAAUCGGAGUUGACUCCUGUCAAGUCCAUGAUCUCAUCCGUGAAAUCGGUAUCUCAAAAUCAAUGGAGGAUAAUCUUGUUUUCACAUUGGAGGAUGGCUGCGGGUUAAACAACCGGGUUACAAUACGUCAUCUUGCCAUAAGUAGUAGCUGGGAGGGGGAUCAGUGUGAGUUCAAGAGCAUUGUGGACAUGUCCCAUAUACGAUCAUUAACAGUGUUUGGGAAGUGGAGGCCAUUUUUCAUGUCUGAGAAGAUGAAGUUGCUGCGAGUGCUGGACUUAGAGGGCACAUCAGGUCUAGUUGAUCAUCACCUUACGGACAUUGGGAAGCUUCUUCAUCUAAGGUACCUUUCUUUAAGAGGAUGUGAUGAUAUCUACCACUUGCCGGAUUCGUUGGGUAAUCUGAGGUAGCUGCAAACACUAGAUGUUAUGUAUACAAGCAUAAUCAAACUACCACGUAGCAUUAUUAAGUUUAGCAAGCUACGUCAUAUUCGUGCUGGGGGCAUUGGAAGUAACGAUGGGGGUACACAUGAAACAUAUGCAGACACCCUAUGUAUUUUGACUUUGUCGUCAAUGGCAUAUUGUGUGGCAUGCUGCGCACCUCAGGUUCUGAAAGAGGUAAUGGAUAUGGAUGGUGACCCUAACAGGCGUGACGUAUGCACUGGGUGUUGCUGCAAUAAAUUACCUUCUGCUGCAACGCGCCAAAGUCCAAACGGUGUCCAAGUGCCAACAGGGAUUCGUAGACUGAAAGCCCUGGACACAAUGGGUGUUGUGAACGUCUCAGGAUCGGGGGGAAAGGCUGCUCUAAGCGACAUAAAACGUCUCACAAGGUUGCGGAAGCUAAGAGUGACUGGCAUCAACAACAAAAACUCUCAAGAGUUAUGUGCAGCCCUUUCAGAGCUCAGUUGCCUGGAAUCGUUGUUAGUGCGUUCAGAGGGAAGGCCUGGUCUAUCUGGCUGCUUGGAUGACCUAUCGUCGCCUCCGAAAAAACUGCAGAGCCUCAAGCUGUACGGCAACCUGGUGAAAUUGCCUGAAUGGGCCGAGAGGCUCCGAAAUCUUGUGAAGAUGGAGCUACGAAGCAGCAGGAUAUUGGAUGUCGAUGCAACACUUCAUGCCCUUGGAAAUUUACCUAACCUGGCCAUACUACGUCUGUUGAGGCACGCAUUUGCUGGCCAAAAACUUCGUUUCAAUUUCGAUCGGAAGGCAGCAUUCCUGGGUCUAGUGGUGCUGGAGCUUAGUCUCCUAGAUGACCUUGAAUCGGUGGAGUUCCAGGGAGGAGCAGCCCCUAAGAUUGAGCUGCUGCAGUUUCGUGGAUGGCGUUACAGAACCAACAUCGUGCUGUUUGCUGGACUGCCAUCUCUUCUGAGCCUCGAGGAAGUUUUGCUGAAGGGUCGGUAUGAGGAUGUCUUCGUCGAUGACUUGCGGACCCAGCUUUCCGGGAACCCAAAUCGGCCUGUUUUGAAGGUCAACUGAACUAUGCUUUCAACUACAUACUCACAGAGUCAACUGAUUAAACCUACUUUGUAGUUAGUAUACUGAUUUAUCAACAUUCGUGUUGCACACUUAUCUCACUACCACGUGAUUAAGAAUUACGGCAAUGGCAUUUUUCUUAGAUUUACAUAGAAACUUGAGAGUUAAUGUAAAUGUAAACAAGCAUUUGCUCAUAAUGCAUUACCUGUUCAGUUGUAA